GCUGGCAGUGCGGCUGGGCUCUGAGUUGACUCCGUUUCUUUGAGUUGGAGCCUUUUGGUGGAUGCCAUUUCUGGUUCCCUGAAUCACAGCUUUGAGAGAGCAUUUGGGUCUGCCUCCUUUUCACUGCAGACAUGGAAGACAAUUAUGUUGAUUCUUUGGAUCCAGAGAAGCUGAUACAAUGCCCAUAUGAUAAAAACCAUCAGAUCAGGGCCUGCAGGUUCCCUUAUCAUCUGAUCAAAUGCAGAAAGAACCACCCUGAUGUUGCAAACAAAUUGGCUACGUGUCCCUUCAACGCUCGUCACCAAGUUCCCCGGGCUGAAAUCAGCCACCACAUCUCCAGCUGCGAUGACAAAAGCUGCAUUGAACAGGAUGUUGUCAGCCAGUCCAGGAACUACAGAUGCGAGGCUCUGACUGUGAACACAUGGCAAUGCCCUCCUUGUGAUGAAGACUGGGAUAAAGAUUUGUGGGAGCAGUCCAGCACUACCUUCGUCUGGGGCACUGCUAACUGCAGUGGCAACAACAGCCCUGCAAACAACGUAGUUGUGGAACAUAAGAGUAACCUGGCUUCAGGCAUGCGGGUUCCCAAGUCUCUGCCAUAUGUACUACCAUGGAAAAGCAAUGGAAAUGCACAGUAACCGAAAAUCUAUCUCAUCAAAUGACAGACCCAAGAAGACACUUUUGCCUCCUGCUACUUAAUACCAGUGGGUUCUUCAUUUCUCUUCCUAAUCUUAUUUUGGAAAGAUAAACUGUCUGUGGCUCUGAUUGACCAGUCCCCUUUUUUCCCCCUCCCGUCCCUUUCCCUUCCCCACUUGAUUCCUUUCUGUGAGGCCUCAGAAAAGCUUUUCCUAAUAAACCACAGACUUAC